AGGUGCUCAGAGUGUGAAGCUGAGCUGAGAGGCCACCACAGCCAUCCUCACCAGGGUAACGCUUCAGCUUCCUGCCAUUUAAGACCUAGGCAAUAAUCCCACAGGGUUGAACUGUUUGGAAGAUGAAGCAGUGGCUGCAGCUGCUGUUCUUUCCCUGUGUUUCCUUGAUCUGGCACACAGAGGCAGAGUUCUUCACCUCCAUAGGUCAAAUGACCGACCUGAUCUACGCAGAGAAAGACUUGGUGCAGUCAUUAAAGGAGUAUAUCCGAGCAGAAGAGAGCAAGCUUGCUCAGAUUAAAAGCUGGGCUGAGAAAAUGGAUCUUCUGACUAGCAAAUCAACCUCUGAUCCUGAAGGGUACCUGGCACAUCCUGUCAAUGCAUACAAGCUGGUGAAGCGUUUGAAUACUGACUGGCCGGAACUGGAAAACUUAGUUCUUCAGGAUACAACAAAUGGCUUUAUUGCAAAUCUUACAAUUCAGCGGCAGUUUUUCCCGACUGAAGAAGAUGAGACUGGAGCAGCAAAGGCUCUGAUGCGCCUGCAGGACACCUACAAGCUGGAUUCUGAAACACUCUCUCGUGGAAAUCUGCCAGGAGCAAAAUACAGAUCCACUUUGACAGUAGGUGACUGCUUUGGCAUGGGGAAGACUGCUUACAACGAUGGGGACUACUACCACACAGUGCUGUGGAUGGAGCAAGCCCUGAAACAACAUGAUGAGGGGGAGGAUACAACAGUCAGCAAAGUGGAGAUCCUCGAUUAUCUCAGCUAUGCUGUGUUUCAGUUUGGGGAUUUACACAGAGCUGUGGAGCUCACCAGACGUCUGAUAUCCCUUGACAGUACCCAUGAGAGAGCAGGCAGCAAUCUGCGGUACUUUGAGAAGCUGCUGGAGAAGGAGAGAGAGGAGGAGGAGAAAGAGAAGUCAAACAAGACCAUGCCAACUACAGAACCAGUGGUGCAAGGUGGUGCUUAUGAGAGGCCUCUGGACUACCUACCAGAGCGUGACAUCUACGAGGCCCUUUGCAGGGGUGAAGGAGUGAAGAUGACACCUCGGAGACAGAAAAGGCUGUUCUGCAGGUACCAUGAUGGAAACAGAAACCCUCACCUGCUCAUAGCUCCCUUCAAGGAGGAAGAUGAGUGGGACAGCCCUCACAUCGUCCGCUACUAUGAGGUCAUGUCUGAUGAAGAAAUAGAGAAGAUCAAACAACUAGCCAAGCCAAAGCUGGCACGAGCCACAGUCCGCGAUCCCAAAACCGGCGUCCUUACAGUGGCUAGCUACAGGGUAUCCAAAAGCUCCUGGCUGGAGGAAGAUGAUGAUCCUGUUGUGGCCAAGGUCAAUCAAAGAAUGCAGCAGAUCACAGGGCUAACAGUGGAAACAGCUGAACUGUUGCAGGUUGCCAACUAUGGAAUGGGAGGACAGUAUGAGCCACACUUUGAUUUUUCUAGGAAGGAUGAGCCAGAUGCUUUCAAGCGGUUAGGGACUGGAAAUCGUGUGGCCACUUUUUUAAACUAUGUACCAAGCAGGAGGACACCAGAGUGGUAAUGACAUCUGCUUUAAACAGAAAUCCAAGUUACAAUAGAGAAUGUGGGGGCUUGGGGAGAGCAUAUUCAUUGAAGUGCUGCUGUGUGUGUUUGGUGGGAGCUUGAUCUGAUGCAUUUCUUUCUGUUAAACUCUCAUCCAAAACUUCCUGAAGUCAGUGGAAAGGCAAAUAUUAAUGGGAGUUUUUCCAGGAACUUUCAGUUUUGGAUCAAGUCAUAGAAUUGUAGAAUCAACCAGGUUGGAAGAGACCUCCAAGCUUGUACAGUCCAACCUAUCACCCAGCCCUAUCCAGUCAACCAGACCAUGGUACUAAGUGCCUCAUCCAGGCUUUUCAUCAACAUCUCCAGGGAUGGGGAUUCCUCCACCUCCCUGGGCAGCCCAUUCCAAUGACAGUCACUCUUUCUGGGAAGAACUUACUGCUAACAUCCAGUCUAUACCUCCCUGGGCACAACUUUAAGCUGUGUCCCCUUGUUCUGUUGCUGGUUGCCUGGGAGAAGAGACCAACCCCACCUGGCUACAGCCUCCCUUCAGUCUAGAGUUUAUAGUGAAUCCAUCCUUACUGAGGAAUUCAGUAAGGUUAAAGGACUUGUGAUGGGACAAGGGGCAAUGGCUUAUAUCUUGAAGAGGGGAGGUUUAGACUGGAAAUUAGGGAGAAAUUCUUUCCAGUGAGUGUGAUGAGACACUAGAACAGGCUACUCAGGGAGGUUGUGGAUGCCCCCUGCCUGGAGGUGUUCAAGGCCAUGUUUGAGGUCAUGAGCAUCGUGGUUUACUGGGAGGUGUCCCUGUCCAUGGCAGGGAGGUUGGAACUGGGUGAUCUCCAAGUUCCCUUUCAACCCAACCCAGUCUAUGAAACUCAUCCCAGCAUAGAAGGGUGAAGCAUGAACAUAGAUGUAAAUCAGUCCCAAAGGCAUGGCUUCAGUUUGAGUAACUGAUUUAACAUCCACUUGGUUGUUUUCCUAAUUGGAUUGCAAGCUGGGAUGGAAUUCUUCAAACUGAUUUACUCCUGAAGUCCUCUCCCUUGCUCUAGAGCAUUAGCUUGACUCUGCAGAUACUCAGCUUCCUAGGGCUGGUUGUUUAGAUUAUAUACAGCCUGCAGCACAGAGUACUGAAGAGAAGUCUUGAGCUGACCACAAAAGCUUCAGCAGCAGGUCCUGUUAGUUCUGCAGUUCUUGCUGCUUGAAGUGCAUCCUUUUCUCGUCAGGUGCAGAUAGAAAUCUCUGUCAGGGCUUUUGAGGGACUUGUGGGACUGUGUGUGCAAAAAGCACUGUAAAUAAACAGACUCUCUGGGUUUUGUUU